GCGGUGGCUAAUAACGGCAGCGCGAGGGUUGUUGGGAGUGCCGGCGGCGGUUCGGCGGCGGUGCCCGGGAUGGAGCGGGAGGGAGCGGCGGCAAACAGAGAGCCAGCUGCAGAGCUGCCAAGUAGCUAAGGAAAGGCUGAAAUGCACAAGUGCCAGGGGGAUCUGUAGAAAAGGAUUGUAUUCUUGCUCUGAAGAUCCAGUGGAAGAAGAGGCAGCUGCUGUUCCUCUGGGGAAUCCCGUGGAGAAAGCUGUGCUGGUGUCUCAAAAAACGUCUGGAUCAUAUCGGGAACCACCAGACUAAAGAAGAAAAAUACAGGAAAGCCUUGCCAGAAUCAAGGAGCAUGUCACAAAAUAUAAGUAACCAGCCUUUGCAGCUUAAACCAGAGCUGCCAAAGGCAAGUGGCAUGCAUGCUUGGCCUGUUCCAAGGAGUCCAGCAACUACCGAUGAGCGCAGGAAACAGCUGGAGGAGUGGUUGGCAGCCAAAGGCAGGAUAUACAAGCGGCCGCCGAUGAGGUUGCUUAUGAAGCAGGCGGUCAUACCAUCCUGCAGAAAGGUCAAGCCAACCGAGAAAAAAGACAAUCCAGAGCAGCACUUCCGAGCCAAGGCAAACAACGUAUUAGCUGAUUGCCUGAAGCUCAUUGAGGAGGGUGUCCAUGCUGAGGACAUCUCAACAGUGCUGUCCCUUGUGCCCCAGGCAGAGAAAUUUGCCAAAUUUUGGAUCUGCCAAGCAAAGCUGCUGGCCCGGAGUGGCCCCUUUGAUGUGUUGCAGCUGUACAGAGAAGCAGUCAGCGCUGGGGCUGAGCCAGUUGAAGAUCUCAGAGAAACUGCUCUCAAUAUUUUGAAGGAUGCUGGCCAGAAACUGGAAGGAGCAAAGGAAGAAGAAGCCACUCCUCGGGAGCCUACAACACCUUGUCCCGCUGAGAGGCAUCCUAUAGCGUCAACUCCAGGCCUGGUGGGGAGGCACAUGACCUCCCUCCCCCCCUCAGUCAAACUACAGGUGACGUCAGCAUCCAGAGGAAGGGAAUUCCGGGAACGCCCAGAAUUUAAAUUCAUAACCCCUGUGCGGCGUUCCCUGCGGACUGAGAGGGCUCGGAGUCGCUAUCCAGAGAUGCUACACGACCAUGACCCUGUGGUGUCAUCUCUCAGUGAAAUCCUGGCUGCUGAGGAGGAGACUCUCUUCUUCUUCCGGAAAAACAAGGCUUUGCCAGAAGUGACAGAGUUGGAGGGCUUGAGUUCAUAUCCACCCAAGAGCCCCUGAGGGUUCCCAGCAGGAGCAGGCUGCCUUGUACACAUUCCCCUGACUGCUCUUGCUGCCCCUCAGAUGUAGGGGGGAGGGUUUGGCACACAAUAAAUAUGUAUCUGUGGUUGUCUGACCAGAAAUGAGACUUUUGGGAUGCUGUGGUCACUACCACCAAACCACCAAUGGAUGCUCAGUUUUUAAGAUUGGCAUUUGGUACGACCACUGAAAAUAAGAUCUGCCUCUGAGAAAACACAGGCGUUAAGAACCAGAGCUGCUCACCUAGGAGCUCUCUUGGGUUCCUGCUCUGAAAGAGGUCAGAGCUCUCCCCUGUCCGGCUGUCUGCUGCUGGGUAGGAGAGAGGAGUGCCUCGUGGCCUGGGGGAGGUAGGCCUGACCCUGAGGGGCCCAAGGGUGGAGGAAUUGAAGGAAUGGAGGAGCACGAGAGGUGUUCUACCCGCCCCCCUCGGGAGAUGGGGAGAGAGAAGGCAACCUGUGCUUGUUACCUUGAAAUUCCAGGAGAAGGACUGGGGGAGGGAAAUUGCCGCAAGGUGUCCAGCCGAGUGUAAGUGUGUGGUCUCAGAAAAGCAAGCCAUUAACAUCCAAGGUUGUCAGCAUGGUGUGCUGGCAUGGCAUGGAAUGGCAUGGCAUGGCCAGAUGUGGCAUAGCAUCACACACCAUGCCGUGGUGCUGUCAAAAAUAGGUUGUAAACUGUUGUAAAUAGUUGAUAGAUUGUUAAGCAUGUACUGUUAGUUUGGUUAUUAUAUUGUACAAAGGGUUAAAAGGGCAGUUGUAAGAAAUAUGGUACUCACCGUACCAUACCACCCCUCAGUAAAGUGCACCACUAGCCAGCCUGGACAGAACUGGUGGCCUGUCCUGUAAACAGAAACUUGCAAUUCUUGUCAGUCUUAUUCUGCUCCUUGUGAAGGUUGGGCUUGAUUGACUUAAGUGGACACCACCUGAUUUUGCCGUCCGUUUUGACAGCUGCGUACCCUUGCCCCCUGAGCAUCAGCCUCCAGCCCCGUUCCCAUUCGCCUAGCUCGUUUCUAAUUACAACCUGUGGGCCCUCCUUUAGCGCUCGGGCGGCCCAGUGUUUUUGUUUCAUCUCCCCUAGGGAACUGAUUCAGUGCUAGCAAAGCGGUUGCCAGUAUACGCGCCUGAUCUCCUGGGGGAAUGGAAUUGGCAAAGCCCUCUGCCUUUGCCAACACUUCUAGCUUGGUUUUCAGGGUCUGAUUUGCUCUCUCAACUAUGGCCUGCCUGGUACUGUUAUACGGGAUACCUUGCACUAAUGUGAUGCCCCGUUUUGAGGCGAAUUCUUGCACUGGUUUGGAGGUGAAAUUGGAACCGUUGUCAGUUUUGAUCUGCUUGGGGAUACCAAGCCAAGCCAUGGCUGUCAGCCAGUGCUGAAUUGUGGCCUUGGAGUUUGUUUUGUGGUGCUGUGUGGCUAUGAUCAUUCCGCUAUAAGUGUCCACUGUCACUGCAAGCCAUGCUCGGGGCUUCAGCAGUUGACACCAGGUGAAGCCCGACUGCCAGAUCUCUGAAGGCUUGAGACCUCUCGGGUUGACCCCACAGCUCCAUAGGGGUGACUUUUGGCAAUGAGGGCAAGUGGCUACCACAUGUUUUGUGUCCGCUGUGGAGAUUUCACAUCUCUUCGCUUUGGCUCUGAUGUGGAGUGACUCGUGCAGCUGACGAGCUUCCUGCAACGUCCAUAUGCCUUUUGCUGCGGCGUCCGCUUUGUCGUUGCCAGUCUGGAAGUAACCUUUGACUGGGUUGUGGCUGUUGAUGUGAAUGACUGACACGGUGCCCUGUCGCGAGGAGAGUGCUUCUUCCAGCAUUAGGGCUGCUGCAGUUGUUGACACACCUGGUCCUGCCAUGGCUAGGCAGAGCCUUGCCACGAAUAUAGAGUCCGUUACAAUGUUGAGGUGUUCAUCUUGGAAGAGUCCGCGUGCCAAGACCACUGCUAAGACCACUGGAAGGAGCCAUGACUAAGAAACAUGCAGAAGAAGGAGUCUGUGCUGUGAAGAUCUACAGCCAUAAGAAAACACCAAGAGAAGGUGUUUUGUCUGAGGUCGUCUUGUCUGGGGUCUUCUUCCUUUGUCCUGGCACAAAAGGAAAAGGGCAGCACAGUUAGAGCACUGGCUAGGGGUUACACCUCGGCACUCUGGACAGGGGCAGGGUGCCUGCCUGCAGAGGCUUGCAGGGCCAGGACCCUCCCUAGCCCAGGCAGAAGAACAGUGUCCCAUUUUUCAGAUCAGGAUUCCUGACUUUGACCACACUCCUUAGGAGGGACAUGAGGUGCUGGGACAGACUGUAAACAGUGUUGCCUCCAGUCUGGCAACACCAGGGAGUGCCCACGCUCAUCAACCCAAAGGAACUGGAUCAAGUUGAUGAGUUCCUAUAUACAAUGAUUGGGGAAAAACUAAACAGAACAAGCAAAGUGAAAUAGAAAUUGAGAAAAUUUAAAAUUGUAAAAGCCAAGUUCAGACCCCAAUAUCUAUGUUAAACAAAGUCAUCAGGCUCCAGGGAGUAUUAAAAAUAAAGAAUGCAAUUACUAGAAACAUUUCAAAUGAAAUAAAAAAAUUAGCAUGUGUAAAUAAUCAAGAACAAACUCCUGCGCUUGCUUCCAGGUGGAAGCCUUCCAGAGGAGAGGCAGG